AAAAACUUUUUUGUAUCGAAGGAAUCAACAGCCGCCAUCUUGUCGUGGCUCGGAAUUAGGAUUUCGGUCCAACACUGGGUUUUACGUAGAAAAACGAGCAUCCUUAUCGCGGUUUGACAGCCUACUUCACCCGAAAACGAAACCUUAACAUCGCAUUGGAGACAUUUUGUGCGAAAAAACGGGAACUGGAUCUGUGGUCGUCGGGCAAAAAAGCUCCAUAUAUCUGGUUUCCCCUUCAGAGUGCGGAGAUUCAGCCCCUGACGCCGUUCAGGAGCAGUAUUGUUUACCGUGGGCAAGCGGAGACCAACUCGUGACUUUCGAGGUGAUUUUCAAAAAUCCAGCAUUUUUAUGCAAUUGCGUAUUUUUGUGGAGCUUCGCGCGAUUUUUGCAUGAAGAAAUUUGACGUCACGCAAAAUGGGUACUUCGAACACCUAGAAAUUACGACCCUUUCCCCUGACUGCAGCAGUCCACCUGAUUUUACUGGAUUGACAUUUUGAAGUUCGAUUUUUACAUGGGGAAUAUUUUAUUUUUGGUUGUUUAACGAUAAUAAUGUGGGUGUUGGGUGUUGGAUUAUCAUGGGGUGAAUGGCGGUGGCGAAGCGGGGCGCUAUUGCAUCUCUUUUGAAAGACACGGACUCACAGUAAGGAGUAGCUAGCUAACGCUAACAGUUAACUUAGCUAGUAGCAAGCAAUUAGCUAGCUAUUAGCCAGUUAGCUAACGUUAGCAGGCUGCCAGCUUGCUAAUGUGUUAACCGGCAAGGUUCGGGUUGAUAAAACAACUUCCCUGCCACAAGAUAAUCAUACUAAUCAACUUUUGAGGAGUCUGUCGGACAAGAGAACAACUAUGGCUGAUAACCUGCUGGACGUCGGACCUCCCAACUCAAAGCGGCCGAAGCUGAAUUCACCUGCCCUGUCAGCGUCUGAAGAUCUGGGGUCACUAUCUUGGGAUGAUCUGGAGAAUGACCUUCCAGAUGAGUUGAUCCCUAAUGGAGGAGAUCUGAGUCUGAUGGGUGGGAUGCCUUCAAACGGUGGUGCAGCACCUGGAACUGGGGGGCCAGGUUGCACCACCGUGGUACCCGAUGCAGCCGCUAAGCACAAGCAGCUCUCAGAGCUCCUUCGAGAAGGUAGCACCUCCAGUGUUACAGGCUCAGGGCUGAACUCAGCUAGCCCUCAGCCAGGCGGUAUGGGGCCUCAGCUGGGUACACCACUCAGAAAGAGCCCCCUUGGACAGGGUUCCCCCAACAACCACCAGUCCCCCCAGGCCCAAAAAGCAGGAACACCAACUGGAGUAGCAGGACAGAACAACAACAAUAAUACUGCAACAACAGGCUUCAACCAGGCUAUGACUAACAAUAGCCCGGGCCAUGCUGGGCUCAUGGCCCAGGGAGGACAGUCUCAAUCUGGGCAUGUGAUGAAUGGUGGUCUCCUACCUGAAGCUGGGAGAGGACGGGGAGCAGGGGUGGCGGGCGUUCAGUACCAGGGACAGACAAUGCAGGGUGCUCCUCCAGGACCAGCAGGAGCAGGGAGUGCAUUGGCAGAAACACUCACCCAGGGAGGGCAGCAGAUGGGGUCUCACACCACCCUUGGGGCAGCCCAGCAAGCAGGAAACAUGAACAAGAUGGGCCUGGGCAGUAAUGGGGCUCAUUUUGGGGCCCAGCCUUACGGUCAGGGUGCCAUGGGGCCCGGCCAGCAGCUAAACCCUCAGCAGCAGCUCCAGAACAAGGCUUCUCUUGCCAACAGCCUGUCACCCUUCCCCAGUGAGCUCAAAGGGGCCGCUGUCACUAGCGUGCCAAACAUGCAGCCUCAGCAGCAGGCGGCAAUGCUCCAACUGGCCGGUGGCGGAGGUGUGGCUGUGCCUUCGGCAGGCCCCACAGCAGACCCAGAGAAGCGCAAGCUGAUCCAGCAGCAGCUGGUCCUGCUGCUUCACGCACACAAGUGCCAGCGACGGGAGCAGGCCAACGGGGAGGUGAGGGCCUGCGCCCUGCCUCAUUGCCGCACCAUGAAGAACGUCCUCAACCACAUGACCCACUGCCAGGCUGGCAAGUCUUGCCAGGUGGCUCACUGUGCGUCGUCCAGGCAGAUCAUCUCCCACUGGAAAAAUUGCACACGACACGACUGUCCUGUCUGCCUGCCGUUGAAGAACGCCAGCGACAAGCGCACCCAGCAGCCCAUGCUAAGCUCCCCCAAUACGGGUCCCCAGAACCCUAUGUCCUCAGUUGGUGUGGGUCAGCCCAGUGCUCCCACCAUCAAUACCUCAGCCCCCAUAGACCCCAGCUCCAUGCAGCGGGCCUACGAGGCACUUGGGUUGCCCUACAGCAGCCAGACCACUAGGCAGGCCCGGGGGGCCCCGGGACAGACCGCAGGUGCACAGAACACACAGGCCCAGCAACAACAGCUUCCACAGCAGAUGAGACCCAUCAAUACACUUGAACGGCAGAUGGCUCUUGGAGGUGCGACACUGGGCGUGAUUACUUCAGAGCAGACAAACCUGCACACGGACUCCCUACCCAACGCACUCAACACUAACAAUCAGCUGCUCUCAGAUGGGUCCACUGUGGGCUCAAUGGGCAACCUACCCACAGCAGCACCCAUCUCUGCCACAGGCACCAGGAAAGCGUGGCAUGAGCAUGUCACUCAAGACCUGCGUAAUCACCUCGUACACAAACUAGUACAAGCCAUAUUCCCUACCCCUGACCCGGCAGCUUUGAAGGACCGACGAAUGGAGAACCUGGUGGCCUACGCCAGAAAGGUGGAGGGGGACAUGUACGAGUCGGCUAACAGCCGGGAUGAGUACUAUCACUUCCUGGCUGAGAAAAUCUAUAAAAUCCAAAAGGAAUUGGAGGAGAAGAGGCGCUCAAGGCUACAGAAGCAGAUCAUCAACCAGGCACCUAUGGUUGCCCAGGCAACCCAGCAACCAGGCGUUCCCCAGCCCAGUGCCUUUGGCCCAAGGCCACAGAAUGGACCUGUUCCUCUGCCCAACAUGCCAAAUCAGAUCAUGAACCGCAUGCAGGUUUCUCAAGGAAUCAACCAGUUUAACCACAUGGCUCUGCCCAAUGCCCAGAUAUCCCAGACACCAAUGGGAGCCCGAGCUGCCUCACCUAUGAACCACCAACAGCAAAUUAACAUGAGCUCCGUCCCAGCAAUGGGCAUGUCACCCUCCAGGAUGCCCCAGGCCAAGGGCAUGAUGGCCGGGCAUGGUGGUGGUAACAUGGUAGGCCAGACGGCCAACCAGGGGCAGUUUCUGGCUCAGACCCAGUUUCCUCCAGGAUCAACUGCAGGCGCUGCAACGGGUGCCAUGAAUAUCACCGUGGGGCCUGGCAUGGGCCAACCCCCUGCCCAGGCGGCCGUCACCCAGCAGCAGCAGCAGAGCGCAAACCUCCCCAUGAAUGCACUUGGCCUCUCGCUAGGCCCUCAGCUAGCCUCCUCUCAAACCCCUUUGCACACCACGCCUCCGCCUGCUGCCUCCUCCGCUUCCACGGCUGGGGAGGCCACUAACCUGCCACAUCCCCAGCCCUCCAGCCGCAGCUCCACCCCUACCCUCCCCGGCCCUGUCCCUGCCCGGGGUGCCACCCCACCCCACCCCACCCAGCCCCAGCCCCAGUCCCAACCCCAGGCGGAGCUCCCUGCAGCAGCACAGGCGCAGCCCCCGCCGCAGCCCCUGCCUCAGCCCCCUACCACGCCGCUGUCUCAACCAGGGACCAGCCUGGAUAACCGGGUGCCCACCCCGGCCUCAGCUGCCAGCGCUGACCUGCACUCACAGCAUGUCGGAGCAGACCUGCCAGUCCAGGAGCUGAAAGCAGAGACACACCAUGACCAACAAGAGUUUGAGGCCGCUGGUGGCAAAAAUGAGCCCAAGAUGGAGACUGAGAAAGACUUUGCUUCAACGGUGGUGGUGAAGAAGGAGGUGACAGAGGAAAAUCCGGAGCCAAUGGAUGUGGAGGAGAAAAAGCCGGAAAUGAAGGCAGAACCCAAAGAAGAGGAGGAGGGUGGAGCCGACGGCACAACCUCCUCAUCCCCCUCUCAGUCACGGAGGAAAAUCUUUAAGCCCGAGGAGUUACGCCAGGCUCUGAUGCCAACUUUGGAGUCUCUCUACAGGCAGGACCCCGAGUCGCUGCCUUUCAGACAACCAGUAGACCCUAUGCUUCUGGGUAUCCCUGACUACUUUGACAUUGUCAAGAACCCAAUAGACCUGUCCACAAUAAAGCGCAAGCUCGACACGGGCCAAUACCAAGAGCCCUGGCAAUACGUUGACGAUGUCUGGCUGAUGUUCAACAACGCUUGGCUCUACAACCGCAAGACAUCUCGUGUCUAUAAGUACUGCUCCAAGCUGGCCGAGGUGUUUGAGUCAGAGAUUGACCCUGUCAUGCAGGGCCUGGGAUACUGCUGCGGGAGGAAGUACGAGUUUUCCCCUCAAACCCUCUGUUGCUAUGGCAAGCAGCUCUGCACCAUACCUACUGGAGGCACAUACUACAGUUACCAGAACAGGUAUCAUUUCUGUGAGAAGUGCUUCAACGAGAUCCAGGGGGAGAGUGUGACGUUAGGAGAUGAUCCUGCACAGCCACAGACGAUGAUAUCAAAAGACCAGUUUGAACGGAAGAAGAACGAUGUACUUGACCCAGAACCGUUUGUUGAAUGUAAAGAUUGUGGACGGAAGAUGCACCAGAUAUGCGUCUUACACUACGAGGUCAUUUGGCCAUCUGGAUUCAUCUGUGACAAUUGUUUAAAGAAAAGUGCGAAAACGCGGAAGGAAAACAAGUUCUCUGCAAAAAGGCUGCAAUCAACACGAUUGGGAAUGUACAUAGAGGACCGUGUGAAUAAAUACUUGAAGAGACAGAACCACCCGGAGGCCGGAGAGGUGUUUGUGCGAGUGGUGGCGAGCUCCGACAAAACAGUGGAAGUUAAACCAGGCAUGAAAGCCAGGUUUGUAGACACGGGUGAAAUGCCUGAGACCUUUCCCUACAGAACCAAAGCACUUUUUGCCUUUGAGGAAAUUGAUGGCGUUGAUGUGUGCUUCUUUGGCAUGCACGUGCAGGAGUACGGCUCUGAGUGCCCAUUCCCCAACACUAGACGGGUCUACAUAUCAUACCUUGACAGUAUUCACUUCUUCAGACCUCGGGCUCUACGAACAGCAGUGUACCAUGAGAUCCUCAUUGGCUAUCUAGAAUAUGUUAAGAAACUUGGGUAUGCCCAGGGCCACAUUUGGGCAUGUCCUCCGAGUGAAGGAGACGACUACAUCUUCCACUGCCAUCCUCCUGACCAGAAGAUCCCCAAGCCUAAGAGGCUGCAGGAGUGGUACAGGAAAAUGUUGGACAAGGCAUUUGCAGAGAGGAUUCUGCAUGACUACAAGGACAUCUGCAAACAGGCGACAGAGGACCGUCUGACCAGCGCUAAUGAGCUGCCGUACUUUGAAGGUGACUUCUGGCCCAACGUGCUGGAGGAGAGCAUCAAGGAGCUGGAGCAGGAGGAGGAGGAGAGGAAGAAGGAGGAGAACACAGUUGUCUCUGAAACUCCAGAGGGUACACCAAGUGAAAGCAAAAACGCUAAGAAGAAGAACAACAAGAAAACCAGUAAAAACAAGAGCAGCGUGAGCCGAGCCAAUAAGAAGAAGCCUGGGAUGCCGAAUGUAGCCAAUGAUCUGUCCCAGAAGCUAUACGCUACCAUGGAGAAGCACAAAGAGGUGUUCUUUGUGAUCCACCUCCACUCCGGGCCCAUGGCCAAUGCCCUGCCGCCCAUCAUUGACCCUGACCCCAUGCUCUCCUGUGACCUGAUGGAUGGCCGCGAUGCCUUCCUGACUCUGGCCAGGGACAAACACUGGGAGUUCAGCUCCCUCAGGAGGUGCAAGUGGAGCACCAUGUGCAUGCUGGUUGAGCUGCACAACCAGGGACAGGACCGCUUUGUCUACACUUGCAAUGAGUGCAAACACCACGUGGAGACACGCUGGCACUGCACUGUGUGCGAGGACUUUGAUCUGUGCAUUAAUUGUUAUAACGUGAAGGGCCACGAGCACCAGAUGGUGAAAUGGGGCCUUGGCCUGGACGAUGACAGCAACGGCCAGAGUGGAGAGGCCUCCAAGAGCCCACAGGAGAGCCGGCGCUUAAGUAUCCAACGCUGCAUCCAGUCCCUGGUCCACGCUUGUCAGUGUCGCAAUGCCAACUGCUCUCUGCCGUCCUGCCAGAAGAUGAAGCGAGUGGUGCAACACACCAAGGGCUGCAAGCGCAAAACCAAUGGUGGCUGCCCUGUAUGCAAGCAACUUAUCGCUUUAUGCUGUUACCACGCAAAGCACUGUCAGGAGAACAAGUGUCCUGUCCCGUUCUGCCUGAACAUCAAGCACAAGCUUCGCCAGCAGCAGCUGCAGCACAGGCUCCAGCAGGCCCAACUGAUGAGGAGAAGAAUGGCCACCAUGCAAGGCAGAACCAUGCCGCUACCGUCCCCACCACCCUCAGCUGCUCCCAGCACUCCCACUUCACAUGCCCAGCCUAACACUCCACAGACGCCCCAGCAGCCGCUCUCCAACCAGCCCCAGACCCCCAACUCAGCAGGCGUCAUGUCUCCCUCUUUUCCCAAUGCACCUCGCAAUGGCCAGCCUCACACACCAGUGUCCCAGGGCAAGCCCGGGCCCCAGGCUUCCCCUCUACACCAGCAGCAGUCCCCUCUCCCCCAGCCGCCCCAGCCACCUCAGCAGCCUCCCCUUGCUGCAGUCAAGAUGGCACGGCACAUCGAGAUGAUGGCACAGGCCCAGCAGAACCAGCAGAACUACCGGGUCAACUUAAAUGGCUUACCCAUUAACCCCCAGCAGCCACAGCAACGUAUGACCGGACCAAUGCAGCCGCCCAUGCAGAUGGUGCCAGGGCCCCGGGGACCACAGGUCAUGCAACCGGCCAUGCCCCCAAGUCAGUGGUGCCCUGGAGCUGCAGGGCAGAUGCUGACAGCUCAGACUCAACAACCAGGCCUUGUCCCAGGCCAGACCCCCCAGCAGGCCAUGACCAUGCAGCGGGCCAUGAUGGUCCCAGGGCAGCAAACUCAGCAGGGCCAAAGGCUGCUGAUUCCACAACAGCCUGGUGCCCGGCCACAAACAACCCAGAGACCUGGGGCUAUUGCACCCAAUGCCCUGCAGGACCUCCUCCGCACCCUCAAGUCUCCCAGCUCGCCCCAGCAGCAGCAGCAGGUCCUCAACAUCCUCAAAUCAAACCCUCAGCUAAUGGCUGCUUUCAUCAAACAGCGAACAGCAAAGUACCAUGCAAACCAGCCGCAGCAAGCAGGUCAGCAACCGCAACCCGGCAUUCCCACAAUGCAGAACAUGUCCAUGCCAGGAGGUGCAGUGCAGAGGCCCGGGAUGCCCCCACAGCAGCCUCAGCAGCCGCAAGGGCAGGUGACAAAUGCAGCACACACCAGCUCCCAGAUCCAGGAUCUAUACCGUCUGCAGCUCAUAAGACAUCAGCAGCAGCAGCAGCAACAACAGGGGGUGAUGCCUCAGGCCCAUCCUGGCCAGUUCCCUGCUCAGGCGCAGGGCACAGCAGCAACGUAUUCCCAGCUCCGCAUGCAACAGCAGAUAGCCAUGCAGGCAGGUUCAGGAGUCGCUGGGGGACCCAUGGGCCAGAUCCCACCCAUGGCUCAGAUAGCCCAGCCCAACAUGGGGAUGGACUCCACCAAGAACUUACUGCAUCAACGAAUGCUUCAGCAGCAGCAACUUCCCCAGCAGGCCGUCCUCAAGCAGCAGAUGGGCUCUCCUGCCCAGCCUAGCCCCAUGAGCCCCCAGGCCCACCUGCUGGCUGGCCAGCCCCAGGGUGGAGCCCACCUCCCCGGCCAGCCCACACUAGCAAAUGCCCUCAACAACCAGGUCCGGUCCCCCGUGCCAGUCCAGUCCUCCUGUCUUCCCUCGCAACAGCAGCCCCAGCAGCAACGGCCACAUUCCAGUCCCUCGCCGCAGGUCCAAAACCAGCCCCAGCCCUCGCCGCAGCACCCACACCCACCCCACUCGGGUUCCCCCCACCCGGGACUUGGGGGGGGCCCGCUGUCAGGGUCCAUGGAGCAGGGACAUUUGGGGACACCAGAACAAAGCGCCAUGCUACCGCAGCUUAACACGCCCAACAGAGGGGGGCUGAACAGUGACUUGGGGAUGGUGGGAGAUGCUACAGGGGACACUCUGGAGAAGUUUGUGGAAGGAUUGUAGCGUUUCUGCUUGGAACUAAAGAACCCAAUCUCUCUCCCAGGGACCCAUCCUCCCACCUCUCUUUCUCCUAGUUUCCCCUCGGAAUCUUUAUCCUGUUAGAGGGCUUCGUUUGUUCUUUUGUUUUUUUGUACUGACAUGUAAAAAGUUUCAACUGUUGUAAAAAGAAAAAAGAAACUUUGGUUGAAAAGACAAAAAAAUCAACACUUAUUGGGAAUCUAAUUGUUUCCUAAAAGUUGCUUCGUAUAUGAAAUUUAAAUCACAAAGAAUAUAUUUUUUGGUUGAGACCAAAUGUGUUCAAUACUCGAUUUAUUUUUGGUUUGUUUUUGGUAUGGUUUCAUGCCUUUUUCGUUCCCUUUUUUCUCAAAGAAAAUGUACAAUUGCAUUAUAUUAUUCAUAUCUUUUUAUUUUGUACCUUUGGAAAAGAAACUUAAAGCAUUUUGUGUUGAAACUGUAAAAUAAUUUUGUGUGGGAAUUGGGCCAGGUUUUUGUUCUCUUCUCAAGCUGUCAUUCCUGGCUGUCAUUGUGAUCUAGUGUUGUACUGGGUGUACUAUUACUCCAAGACGAUGCGUUCAGGGACCGUUCCCCUCCUCUUUGUGUAUAUGAAGAGAACUCAGUUGUAUUGAAAUAGGACAUGGACCGCAGCAGUUGUGUAUACACAGGCAUGUAUACAGGCACACAUGAAGACACUGACAAAACCCCUCACAAUCACUAAAGUAAUUACAGCUCCAACUGGUUUCACAGACACCAAGGACUGCAGUCUACAUCUCUAUGGCUUGGAAUUUGGAAAAUUCGUCUUGCGGGUGUAGAUCAUUGUUGCUUUGACAUUAAAAAGAAUUUGUCAUACUUUUUUGUCUUACAAAUGUUGUAAAGUGUAGAGUGUGCAAAAGAGACCAGUCCACUAAGCUGAAUGAUCACCGGUUGUUUGUAGGCCACAUCUCUGAUGACGCCCCAUCCUCUACAUUUUACACUAAGCGGUGUGCUAUCUUGGGAUGAAGGGCACAUUUGAGAUUCACCCUAAGGAAAACUAAAUGUUAUAAUCCCUCAUUCCUCUGUAACAAAAACUUGAAUUUGGGGGGGGGGGGGGGAUUUACUAUUUCUCCUAUUGUAAAUCAAGUUCUAAGCAAAAUACUAUAAAUAUAAAGAAGAGAGAAUGACAUCACUGUAUAAACUGGUUAAAAGACUCAUUUCUUACUUAUAUACCAUAUUGUUAAAUAAACUGUGUGCAGCAGAAGAACACCAGUACUCUGUUGACUAAAUAAUGA